AUGGACAAUGUGGAAGUACUUCUGAAUAAACUUAGCAUUAGAGAUGUAAGAGCUGAAGCUUAUGCCUUAGCCCUAUCAGCAAAAAAUGCCAAUGCUAGCUCAUCACGUCUCACUCAUCUUCAUAGAGAACUAAAAAAUCUUGGCACUUCAUUCCAAAUAAUCAAAGCUACGAAAUUUCCUGAUAUUACAAAAGAUACCAAUGAAAUUCAGAGAGAUCGAUGUAAAUUUGUUGAGAUAUUUGAGAGAAUUGAUUAUCCAGACCACUUUACAUUAGAAUCAGUUAAGGAAAGAUUAGAUAAAUCUUUGGAGAAGAAUCAAGAACGAGCUAAGGAAUUGCUUACCUGGAUUCAGAAUGCUAUUUCUUCUCGUCGAAUGGGCAACCCAGAGGCUGUAUAUGCUGUAGUGGUACAUGGGGCAAAGAAUUUAGCUCAUGCUAUGACAAUCACCAGAGAAGCCUUACGUCACAAUCCUGACAAUAACACCUCACCAGCACAAAAUUACGUUAUUGUCAAUUAUCGGAGAAAGAAUCAACUACCUGAAGAAGCGAGACCAUUCCGACUCUAUGAUAAUGUUAACUAA